AUGGGAUCGUUGACAGAAGUCAGCUCGAAUCUUCUCCCAGCUAGCUGAAUCGGUGACUGACCUAUGUGCACCCCCACCUUGCCCAGGCGAUUCGAACCACGUUCGCUUACGAGCGCCAGGACGGAACCCGAGUCUACAAGGGCAAGGUCGAGCACUUUCUCAUCGGUAACGCCCCCCAUGGAGGCUAUAUCAUCUCACUAUGCACCAAUGCGACGCAACAACACCAAUCCUCGACUCCGCACCGUGAUCCGGCGCAUCUGACGGCCCAGUUCUUCUCGCCGUGUCAACCCGGCGCCGUCCAAGUCGAAGUCAAGACCUUGUCGGCUUCGAAGCGAUGGACUCGACUCGACAUCUCGUUGAUGCAAUACUCGAGGACAGAUGAUGUCGCUUCUUCACCGGUGGAGCGUGUUCGAUUGACGUACCUCUACACCGACCUGCCGCACCCCGCCGAGUGGGGCUCCAGCCUCAACGGCGACAAUCUCUCCGUCCUUCCCUGGAGUAAAUCUCCCUUCGCUCGACCAACCCCGUUGGCACAACAUCCCUCGGAACUCAAAGAAGCCAUGAUGUACCCCUCGUUUCAAUUUAGGGACGUGGUAAAGUGGUCCGAACUCGUCCCCAUCGGUCCCGAAGAUUCGCCCGACCCUUCCUCGGCACCGUUCCAAAGAAUGCAUUCGGCCUUCUACUGGUCCCAAGUACACAAGGAAGAUGACGUGACCAAGAACGUCGAGCUCGUCUCCUUUUUUGCAGACAUGUUCAUGAAUGGUCCCGAGUUGAUUCAGGGCGCUCAUCAGGACGUCGGACGCAAGUAUUGGUUCCCGACGAUGACCUUGUCGCUCGAUUUCAAGGCCAAGUUUCCUCUCGUGGGAGUUCCAGGCGCGCCGAGUGGGUCUUCGCCUUCGAAGUCGACGGUGGGGAUCUACUUUGCGACCAAGUCCAUCUCGGAAGGGCGGCAUGACCAGACUGUGGAAGUGUGGACCAGUCCUGGAGGGAUCGGGGAAGGCGACGCCAAGUUGGGUGGACCUGAGUGGAGGAGGGAGGCUCAACUCUUGGCAGUGUCGACUCAGGUGAGCAUGGUCUUCUCGACUCGCUCUCAACUACGAUCCUCGAGUCUGAGUCUCAGUUCAUAGUGUCUGACACGAACGUCCUCCCGACCCUUCACAGCUCGCUCUGGUGAUUCCAUAUAGUGUGAACGAGAAGAUGGCAAACAGGAAGGAUGAUAAGAGUAGCAAGCUCUGA